AAUAAGUAAUGUCAUUGGUCAGAAUCAUCAUAGCAACGAGUCCCUUUACAAAAUGGCGACUGAUAACUAAGUCUGUGUUUGUGAACAUCAUUAAUCAUUCGAUCUAAUACUAAAUGUCAAGAGCUGAGGUCAAAUUUUGAUUUCAGGCUGCAAUAUGGAUGAGGAUCCAAAAACAGAUGUCAGUGCAGACCAGGCAAAGGCUCUGAUUGACAGUGUAAUUGCAAAUGCUAAGGAUAUGAUUGAAGAUACCAUUUCGAGUGCUUUUCGUCGUUUGGAAACGCAGAUGUCCGAGAGAGAAAAGACAUGCGAAUCUCUCAGAUCAAGCCAUAUUUCCCCAGAAAGCAGUUUCAUAUAUCGAGAUGAAAAUUUUGAAAUGAAGGACAUUGGAUGGCUUAAUAUUCAGGAGUUUUCUGUGGAAAAGGCAGAAGAGAAGAUUCAUGAAUUCAUAAAGACCUGGGUAUAUGAAGAUAGCUGGCAAUACUGUAUUGACUUUCUUGGGGAGGACAUCUUUCCCUUUGAUCAUCGCUACCGAUUUCGUGUGCGCUGGAGCAUACCCACUCGCCGGAAGCCUAUACCACGAGCAACAGCAUCUGUGUAUUUCACCUUUGUUGUUUCUACAAUUAAACCAAGGACUUACCCAGUAGAUGUUCUUUAUGUGUUUGAGACAAACAGGCUAGUACACAAACCAGGUCAGUCACGCUUUCGGGAAAAAUGGUUGAAGGACAUUAUUGAGAGCAAGGUGGCAUUGAUGUCAGCCAUUACAUUUUAAAUCACAUCUUUUGAUCAUUAACUUUCAUCAUAAUGACCAGGAUCUACAUCACACUUGCAUUCUGCAUUUACUUUUAUGGCAGAGUCGAGUUGACAACAGUGGUCUAUACAUGUAUAUUUUAGGGGUGUAAUAUGUUUUCUGCGUUUGUGGUGGUGUAUAACACCGUUGACAAGAGAGGAGUCAGCAGACACUGUAACAAGUAUCCAAGAGCUGACACAGGAGUUAAACUAACUGUAGGUCGGGGGAACAUCUUGUAUAAGCUGUCUCAUUUAAUGUGAAUUUGAGAAAGAAUGCAAGUGUAUUGAUACGUACAAUACAUGUUUAUUCAUAUGUACAUAUGUAUAUUUACUUCAAUGCAUACCCUAUGCACAUAUGUGUACAGAUGAAUGAAUAUUUGUAUACACAUAAAUAAUAUAAGUGGUGAGAAUAUUCUGUCAACUUGUAGGUUAAAAGUACACUUAAAUAUAACCUUACAAUUCAUUGUCCAGAAUGUUCUUCUGUACUAGAAUCUUCUGCUAUGAAACUUAAUAAACCAUGCUUGUCUGGUUUGGCAUGUAACACCUAUAGGUGGACAGAGGAAAAACUGUAUGGCCAACAUAAAAGAAUGGACUAAUUGUACCAUGUAGAAUUGACUUGCUUAUUGCUCAAGAAAUUCUGCUGAAUCUAUCAAA